AUGCACGAUUGCUAUAAUGUUAUUAAUACGCCAUUUGAACUGAGUUCAAAAAAACGAAAAAAAGGCUCAAGAAAAAUUCGAAGAAAAAGUAGAAUAAAACUAAUGCUUGAUGAUGACUAUAGUUCAGAUUUUAGUGUCACAAUAAUUGGUGAACCAGAUCAUACCGAAGUUUUCGAGGUUGAAAAAAUUAUUAUGGCAAGGUAUAAAUUAGAUUCGAAAAAAAAAAAAAAAAAUGAGAAUUUAGAUAAUUUUGAGUUUUUAAUAAAAUGGAAAAAUUAUGAUAGUGAUGAUAAUACAUGGGAGCCUUUUGAAAAUUUAAGUGUAAAUUUAAAAGGGGAAGCAAGAAAAGCCGCUUUAAAAUUAACUGAAGAAUUAAAAACCUUAAGAAUAGACAAUUCAAUAAGUAGUAAUGAUCAAAAUAUACAAAGCCAUAUCAAUCAAAUACCUAACAGAUUAAUAAAUAAUAUAUCAUAUGGUAUACAUAUGAAUAGUAACAUGACUAGAUUAGAGCAAUCUGUCGAUUCUAAUUUAAUUUCUGAUAUUAAUUCAGAAACAAUAUAUAACAGUAAUUUAUAUAAUCAAUCUAAUAUAAAUGUUAAUAAACGAAAGAAAAAUGAAAACAAUGAUGAUAAUAAUGUGUGUUAUAAUAAUAUUUAUAACAUAAAUAAAUUCAUAACAGAUGAAACUGAUGAUAUAUCACAAAAAAGUGAUAGUAAUAAUUAUGAUAAAAAACGAAGAAAUUUAAAAAGCAUAAUUUCUGUAUCUAAUAAAUUAAAUAAAAACAAAAUUCAAAACUUUGAAAAUACAAAUAAUGUAUUAAAUUCUUUGGAUAGUAAUUAUUAUAUUAGGAAAAAUAGGGAAUCAGAAAAUAUAAACAUUUGUAAUAACAAUAAUGAAGAAGGUGAUACAAUCAAGCGUCAUUAUUCGCUAGAUGAUUAUUAUAUACAUAAUAACAUGAAACAUAAUAAUAAACAUGAUUUUUUUGAUGAUUAUAAAAAUUAUAAAACGAAAAAUAAAAACAUCUUACCUUAUCAUCGUUAUUUGAAAAAUAGAUACCCAAGUGAAGAUAAAAAUUAUAAUCAAAAUUCUUUAAAUUUGUCUGAUGAUACUUAUAAAGAAAAAUAUUUCAAUAUUCCCUCAAAAAAUAAUGUUAGUUGGGAAAUAAAAGAAAAUAAUAAAUUGAAUGGUCCCAAUUCAAUAUAUACUAGAAAUAAGCAUAAAACGAGUGGUAAUAAAAUUGCUACUAAUAUUAUGGACAAUUCUAGUGAUAGUCAAGAAAAAAAAGUAUAUAAUAUAAAUAGCAAUGUGAAUAGUAAUAUCUUCUUCGAAAGCAGCCAUGAUCCCGACAUGGGCAACAGAAACAUUCGAAAAUCAAUCGAUACUGGGCGUCGAAGUAAAAAUAAACAAAAUAAUGACAUAAACAUUAAAAACAAUAUUCAAAUAAAUAAUAAUGAUUCAAAUUUAUCUAAAUGUAAUCAUAAAAAUAAGUUAAACAAUUUAAAUAAAACAUAUAUAAAAAAUAAUAACGAAAAAUUUAUCCAUGAAAAUGUAUUAGACAAUAAAAAGUGCAAAUCUUCGAAAUGUUUUGAAUUGAUUCGCAUGAAUAAAGAUAUGCUCAAUAAGUAUGCUUAUGAAGAAAACACAUCUGAAUCAUUAUUAAAAAACAUGGAACAUAUUUUUAAUAAAUUUAUUGAAUUAGAUGAAGAAAAUGAACAUUGUAAUAAUUCUACUUCAAUCAUAAAUUCCUAUAAAAAUUCAGAAUUAUCUACUUCUGAAAAAUAUAGGAACAAUAUUAGAAGUGUUGAAAAAUUGUAUAUUAGUAAUUGUUAUUCUAAAAAAAGUGAUAAUAAUAACCAAACAAAAAAUUCAUAUAUUUAUCCUAAUAAUAUAUUAAAUAAAGAAAACGACCAUAUUUCAAAGGGAAAAAAUGAAUCAGCAGUACCCCAUUUAAGCACAGACAUAGCUCAAAGUAGUGAUAUUAAUAGUGAGCAUGCAGUAAUUUAUAAAAAUAGUCAAAAUAUUUGUGAUAAAAGAAUUGAUGAUACUCCAACAUAUGAAAAUAAUACACAUCAAUUGGAACAAACUAAUAUUGAAUUGCCUUGUGAAUUUAAUAAUGAAAUAAGCAAGAUAAAUAAUAUUAGCAAACUUUCAAGUGGUUUAGAUAAUCAUUAUAAUCUUAAUCAGAUAUCUCCUAAAAUAUCAAAUGAGAUAAACCAUGUAAACAAUGUAAAAAAUGCAAAAAAUGAUAAUUAUAGCACAUCUAACACGAAUGUAACAAUUUCCAACUCAAUUGGUAAUGCCAAUAAUCCUAUCAAUACUAACAAUAGCAAUAUAUUAUAUAUGGAAGAAGAAUACAAUCAUAGUAAUUCAUGCAUUGAGAAUACAAAUUAUAUAAAUAUAAACAAUAAUAAGAAAAAAAAAUUAAAUAAAAAUAAAUCACAUUCCGAAUUAUCAUCUUUUUCAAGUAAUUUAAAAAACAAAUAUAUAUUUAAAAAUAACAUAAAAAAAAAUUCAUCAAAUUUUAUUGGCAAAUAUAAUAAUUUAAUAAAAAAUAUCCAUAUAUUAAAUAACAAUAAUGUAGAUAAAGCAGGUAAUGAUUUUAAUUCACCAACAUCCGGCAAUGAAAUGAUUCAUAAAAAUAUAUAUGACCAAGAUGAAAAAAAUGCCUAUAUAAAUAGUAAUUUUAAUAUUGAAGAUUAUAUGAAUGGAAAUAGUAAGAAGAAAAAUAAUGAUAACUUUCCUUUAAAUUUAAAUCAUGAUAAGUGUGAAAAUGGUGCAUAUGAAAAUAUAAGCCCAGAAAACCGUUUCAUACGAAAUAUUAGCAACUUAAUAGAUAGAAAUAAUGAUAAAUGUGAUUAUUAUAUUGACCUUUUGGAAAAUGUUUUGUGCCUUUUAAAGGAAAAACGAAUGAACAUCCAAUCAUAUAAUACUAAUAACAGUACUCCAAAUUUUAUGAACGUCACUCCAAAUUUCGAUAUAAAUAAGCAAACUAACUACCCCAAUUAUAAUAAUUAUAACGAAGAUAGUAAUUAUAUUAAAAACAAAUGUUACGAUUAUUCUAAUAAAAAUAAUAUUAACAUUGGUGAAAAUAAUGCUUUGAAUCAAAAAAUAAAUCUAAACAAAAACAAACCAGGGUUUGAUUUCGAACAAAAACAAACUCCUAACAAUUGUACCCAUAAAAAAAAUAAUAAUUUAGCCGAAUUUUACCAACAUUCACAAUUAUAUAAUAAUCAAAAUAAUUAUGAGCAUUUUUGUAAUGAACAAAAUAAUAAUAAAAGAAAAAAAAAUAUACGAAAAACAUCACAAAAUACUAAUUGCAAUACUGAUAGUAAUAAUGAAUAUAUAAACAACUACAGUCCAAAAAAUUUUGAAAAUAAUAAUAGAAAAUUAAAUUGCAUAAAAAAAACUGAUAAUAACACAAAGAAUGAUAUACCUGUGCCUAAUAUUAUAAACAAAAAACAUAAUGAUAAAAAACGAAAAAUAGAAAUAAAAAAUAUAUCUACAUUUAUUUCAAAAAUUUGCAAAAAUAAUAAAGAAAUGAUAGAAGAAAAUGAUGAACAAAAUUGGAAGAAUAAUAAAAAAAAUGUUAGAAAAAUAAGAAAAAAAAUAAAUGUAGAUAAAAUGAUAAAUACAAAUGAUUCAAGCAAUGACCAAAAUAUUAGUUUCCAAAAUAAUACUAUGGAUAAAGAAAAUUCUGAACAAGACGAAAAAAAUAAAUAUACAAUUUUGCAUGCAUUAGAUAUAAAUGCUAUUAAAGAAAAUUAUAUGAAGAAAUAUUCUGAAUAUGUUGAAUCUAUUAAUAAGCUUGCUUUAAGUAAUAUAGAUGCACUUAUAAAAAAUAUAAAUAUAAUAAAUUUUUAUAAUAGAAAAACGGAAAAUAAUAUUAAUUUUAUUAAAGGAAAAUUCCAAAUCCAUCUAAUAGAAUCAUAUACAAAUAUAUUAUUAUAUUUUGAUAUAUUUAAUGAUUUUAAAAAUUAUAAUUUUAUUUAUAAAAAUUGCGAAUUUCUUAAUACUUUAUUCUAUCGCUUUUGCGAAAAUAUAUCAGAAAAUAAAAAUCAUAAUCUAGAUACUUCAACAAAUGAACUAUCAAAAAAUAUAAUUUUAUUCAAUGAAAUAUAUAAAUUAAAUCAAAAACUAAAUGAAUUUUUUAAAGAGCAAUUUUUACUCUUAAAUUUGAAACCAAAACUUUUAUAUUUCCCAUCACCGAAUUAUUUUAUGUGUUUCUAUGUUCAUCUUAGCGCUAAAACCGAUUAUAAUCAUCCGUGUGAAGAUGAAGAAGAUUGUGCUAUUACGCGGGUCAAUAAUCAUAGCAAACACAUCAAUUCAAACAAAGAACAUGACGAAAGUUUGAAUAACAUCCGUGAUAACAAUACAAAUAAUAACCCUGAUGAUGCUUGUAAAGAUCUUAUUGGAACCAAACACAGUAUUCCUCAUACUCAAAUUAAUUCCUAUUUUAUAGAUGGCUCCAAUAAAAAAUUUCAAAACGAUAGUAUAGCAUAUAACAAUGAUAAUUAUAUUACCAGACAAAAUGAAGAAGAUAACAAAUCUGAAUAUAAUUCGAUUAUUACAAAUGAUUCAUUUUCUGCCAAUUGCAAUGAUGUGAUUACAGACAAUGAACUUGAUAAUACUUUAGAUCAUGCUGUUAUAUCCGAAAAUGGUUGUAGCAAUAGUAAUAAAAAACCUAACAACGAAUUAAAAAAUAUAGAUCAUGGUAAUUAUACGACAGAGGUAACACAUCAUGUCGUAGCAUGUGACGAAAUGAAACAGACAAAAUAUAAGGAUACAAAGUUUCAAUCCAAAUAUGACGAUUCACAGUUUAACAAAUUUGAAUACCAAACAGAUACAUGUGAAAAUGAUAACUUUAAAACCACCAAAAGCCUUUUAAAACAUAAUUUAAAUAAUAAUAGAAAAUCGAUUUUUAAUAGUAAUAGUUAUAUUUUAUGUGGUAAUGAUUCUAAUAAAAACAAGUUAUCAUUAAAUGAAGACGUGAGAAAAAAUGAUUGCAAAAUGAUAGAAGGAAGUAAUGAUUCACUAAAAGUUAAAGAUUUUAUGCAGAAUAGCAGAGUUCAUGAAAAUAAUUCAAAUGCAAAUAAACCAAAUUGCAUCCAGAAUUCUCAGAUAAAAUUUUGCAUAAAUACAGAUCAUGGAAAUAACAAAGCUAAUAUUAUUAAUAAUGAAAAAAUUGAUUCUGAAAAAUCCACUAUUUUCAAAGACAGUCAAAACAACUUAAAUGACAACAUAUUGCAUUUAACUAAUUCUGGAAAAGGCAUCUCAUACCAUGAGCUAUCCUUCAUGAGUGCUAAUGAACAAAGUGAUCACGAUGAAAAUAAUAAUGACGAUAAUGAUACAGAAGAUAUGAUAAGCCCUUUUGACGGAACAAAAAUGAAACUAUGCGAUAGUGUUCAAGAAUCCAAUGAUUUUCAAAGUUCCCCAAAAGAAGAGGGGAAUUAUUUAUGUAAGGGAAAAAAUGAGCCUAUAUAUGAAAAUGAUAAUACAAAUAAUGCAAAAAAUGAAUAUGAUAGUGUUGAAAAUAUGGAUAAUAUUAAUGCCAAUUUUAAUAAAAGCGAUUUUACUGAUAGUAAUAAUAAUAUGGAUAAACCUUCUAAUAUUAAGCCAAACAGUUCUAAUAAUAAUAUUCGUAUUAAUCUUAAUAUUCAAUCUUUAUAUGAUGCAUAUGUUAACCUAAAUGAUAGCUCCAAAAAUAAUAACAAUUAUUAUGAUAGCUAUCUCCCACAUCCUAGUGCUUAUAAUAAAUAUACAGAUGAUAAAAAGAAUAUAAACAAUAACAUAUUGAAGGAGGAUAUAAAGAAUGUUCUUUAUAAUUGGCAUAAUAAUGUAAGUACAAAUUACCAGCUAUAG